UGGCUCCAUCCAGAUCUUUGGCACGGACCUUCAAACAUGAACCUGUUCUGCUUCACACUGGAGGGCUCCACAGACAGCAUAUAUGAACCAGCCUACAGCCAAACACUGAAGGAAGUCCUACCCAAGUACCAGUGCAGCCCUGCUCUUAGGAUGCGGAAGCCUGAAUGGGGCGGCUCAGAUCCAUCCAUCAGUUCUGACCGACCUCAAGGCUCAAUAAAAGUUAUAAAGAGGAAUAAUAGAAGGUCAUGUGUGUCAACAUCACCCCUGGACAAUGAAACAUCAGAGAUGGGUAAAGCUCCCCGUCAGAGCAGCAUGCUGACAAGAGAUGACAGAGCGAAGGAGCUGAACUCCCACAGGACACAGGCUCGCCUGCCAGCUGAGGGUGGUGACGCUGCAGCUGACACAGCAGAAUCAAUACACACCACAGGAAGACUAAAGAAGUUGCAGAAUCUGGUGCACGCACAGAAGGGACAUCAGGGUGGAGCUGCAAAAGGCAAGACCACGUCCGAGAACGGUGAUCAUCUGGCAAACGUGUUGAGUAACAACAAUCCAGUGCUAACCUGCAUCGGCCUGGGGAAGAGAGCCGAGAAGAAGCCCUCUAAAACUGCUCCAUCGCUACCGCAGCAGCAGCAGCAGCAGCCCAGAGAUGUCCAUGAGGAUUCAGAGGAGGAAGGAGCUUGGAGCCCACGGCUUGGGAGUUACCUGUGGAGCCCAUUUGAGUGUCCGCAGCCCUGGACUCCUUUCUACCACACCUGUCGCCAACCUCGACAUGAACUGUGGGUCUGCGGCGGCAACUUGUCGCUGCCCCGGGCGACAGAAUGGGAUCGCUUUGAGAGUUUGAUCCAGGAACUGGACAGCAAACAGUCUGAUCUGUCUCCUGCACACACAGUCUGCAGGCCCAUCACAGACCUGCAGCGCUCACAAAGCACAUUGACCAGAUUUGGGAGAUUUGACGCCUUCAGACAGCACUCGCCUUUGAUGAGACCAGAGGAUAAUGGAGGCUCUCUGCAAAAGCAGGAGCAGAAUGGUGAUCCAGCCACGCUGAGGCUGCAGAGGAAGGAGAUGGAGACCUCACCACACAGGGACAGGAAGCACAUCAAGGCCUCAGCGGAGAGAAGGCUGACAGCCAUCAUUAAUGGAAACACACAGAGAGAUGAAGCAGACAGCAGAGGAGUUGGUGGUGGAGGACCAUUUAUUAAAGGACACAGGGGGUGCAGUAACUCUCUGGAAAGCCUCUACAGCCUCAACAGUGGACAAAGCUCCUCAAGUGGAGUCACCAGUGGGUCAGACUGCUCCAGUAACAGAGACAGUCUGAGGCUGGAGGACGACCUAUUGUGCACGAGACAGUUCUGUGGCAGAGCCAGAGUCCAUACAGACUUUGUGCCAAGUCCAUACGACACCGAAUCGCUCAAACUCAAGGUGGGAGAUGUGAUUGACGUCAUCGCCAAGCCCCCGAUGGGAAUAUGGACAGGUAUGCUGAAUAACAGACUGGGAAAUUUCAAGUUCAUUUAUGUGGAUUUGCUGACAGAGGAGAGUCCCGAGACACACGAGGGCACAUGUACCCACAGAGUGAGGCAGAAAUCAACUGUUCUGGAGGUGUUACGGCGCCUUAGCUUGGAGGAGUACUCCUCAUCUCUGCAGCGUCACGGUUACCAAACAGUGGACGACUUGAUGAGGCUGAGGGAGCAUCACCUGACGGAGCUGAAUGUGACUGAUCCAGAGCACAGGCAUCGUCUGCUCGCCGCUGUCGACUCGCUGCAGCAACUGCGCUCUGAUAGUCAGAAGGAGAACGAGGCCAAUCAGGAGGCCGAGACCCCCAGCGAGAACACGAAGGCAGAUACGAACAACUGCCCAAGAGACUCCGGCUGCCACAUGCCAUCUGACGGCUCUGACAACAGCACAGAGGACACAGACCUUCACUUUAUCUCUGAAUACCCUCUACCAGCGGAGACGACAGCUUCAUGAGAGCAAUAAGG